AUGCCAGAAGAAUCAGCAGUAUCAGAAGUAACACAUACACUUUAUAACAAUACUACUGAGAUUCCUCAAUCUAUUACUGAGGUUAUUAUUGCAACAUUUCAAAAUGAAUAUACUUUUCCAUGUCUUAUUCUUAUAAUUAUAACUCAUACGUUUAUCCUUUCAUCAGUAAAUAUAUUGUGCAGAUUAUCGCCUGUGUUUGGAAUUACAACAUCACGGAAUAUUUGGAAUUACAUGGGUAGUGUAUGUCAUGGAAGACACUUUGCUGGUGAGAGUAGAAGUCAAUGUGAUUUGGAGAAGAGUUUAGGUGGAGGUGAAGAGAAUAUGUUAUAUGAGCAACGAUAUGAUCAACAGGAGAAGAAAAAGAAAAAGAAGGUGAUGAGGGAAAAGACGAGGGACCAAACUGCUGUUAAAACUACCACAACAGCAGCUACAGCUUGUAGCCAACCUUCGAGAUGUUUUUUAAAAUUUGUGCUCAAGGGGUUACUCUUUUUGGCUUAUAUACCUGUUUACUGCGUAGGAACAUUGUAUUUGGUUUUUGAUACUAUCGAUAAGGUAGAGAAACGUUUGGGACCUUCACAAGGUUGGGUUCUUUUGGUUAGUUAUAUCAUUGUUUACAUGAUUGGACUCGUUGUCUUGGUAUCUAUCGAGGUGGAUGACGAGACGGAGGAAAUGUCCCAUGAAUAA